AUCCCAAAGUGGACCCAAAUCCGUUGGCAAUGAUUCGCAUUUCCUGUUUCAUUCAUCAUCCAACUCUUUUUCUACAAACACAAUUUGCAACCGAUUCAUAUUUCAGAAUCUCCCUUGCACGGUGAGUUCUAACUUCUAAGUCAACAACUCAUAUUCAUAUAUUUAUAUAUUUAUUUAUACCUACCUAUACCUCUUCUUUGGAUUCAACUCGCUAUUAUAUUCACUUGUUUAUCAGUUCAUGAUUCACUUCAGGUCCUUUCAUAAAUGUUUUAGGUUCUGUUUCCUUCCCUAUUAAUUGCCUUCUCCUAAUUCAAUCUCAAUUCCCUUUUUUGUUUGAUGAUUUUAAAUGUUAAAUUCAAGAAAGGGGGUUACAAUUUUUAGUUCUUGCAAAUACAAUGAUGAUGUGUCUUGUUUACCGGCUGUCACUUAUCAUAGUAUAAUCUCACGAACUUCGCUAACUGGACUGGAGAUUCGAAACGUACAUGCUCACCAAUAAGAGGAAAGGGGAUUGGGGUCUUUAUUGUUGCGAGAAAUCGAUGUGUUAAAAUGGGUUUAAAUUUGUCAUCACUAGUAGAACGUUUAGAUUUAGGGAGUGUUUGGAUAAUAGCUUAAUUAUGUGCUUAUUCAGUAAGCUCUGAUUAUAUAAGAGAAUUACAAACAUAAGUUGAAAAUAGCAUAAACUUGUUUAAAUAAGUUAAAAAAGGGCGUACGAGAGUCCUAAGUUUUUGUCGCAGGCUCUUAAUAGACUCUCUUUUAAACGUACCUUCAGAGAGUGUUUAGGUAAAUAAUUUAAUUAGGUGUUUAUUAAAUAAGUUUUUUAUAUGAGGGCUUAUGGUGUAAAGUUUAAUUUGAGAGUGUAGUGUAAGCGAAAGUGACUGCGAAGCAGACAUCUUAUGUUGCAAGCAUGAAGUCUUGAAAGUUUCAAGAAUCCCGUGUUAUUUCAGAGGUGUUUUCUGUCUCUUACUACUGUACCUCGAAUAAUUUUGUAUUUUUUCCGCUUUAUGCUUUUUUAUGCUUAUGAAUUAUGACAUUCUCCACUAAUGAUACCAUUUUUUACGCCGAGGGAAACUAAACCUAUGAAGAAAAAUGCUUUUCUUUGUGAAACGAACUUGCCAUUUAACAAGUUUGCAUGGGUAUUUUACUGUGUCGAUGGUUGAUGAUUUGACAUUUCACCUUCUUUGCAAGUUGCUGUGUCAAGGUACUAGACUCUUAAAUUGGAAUGUAUUGUUUACAAGAUUUUAGGUUACUGUGCAAUUAAUCAUUCCGCAUUUAAAAGGGAUCGGUAUUUACUGUCUUGUUCCUCUGCUACCUGGGAAUGUCUCUGCUGAAAGGAAUACUGAACUUAUAUUUUUGGAAAAGCAUCACUUUCAACCCAUAUGUAACUUUUAUACAGCAAAUAUGCUACAAAUUUUGAGAUUAACUGAGGCUGGAAGAUCAUCUUUUGGAAUUCGGAGAUUACUUUAAAAAUAGGAACCAACCUGAAACCUUGCCCUCUCAAUGGUGGGACAUCAGAAACCAUGCAUUUAGAUUUCAUUGAGUUUUACGAUUGGAUUUUCUCUUCUCUUUUUAUUAUUUCAGUGAAUAUAGGAUUGCCCAACUUGUAUAGUGGAGAAAUUAUAAUCAAGUGACUGUUCUCAUAUUUCUGCUUUUUCCUGGAUAUGGGAGGAACUCGUUGCAAAUACUACAUGCGUUACUUCCCAUUUAACUUAUUGACAACGGAUCCUAUUAAAGGACACUAGUUAAGAAGCAUUUAAUAUACCCUAUGAAAUACUACUAAUUUAGUUACAUACAAAAUAAGUAUGAAAUGAUUUUUGUGUUUUUAAUAUAACAAACAUUUUCCUUUUCAAUAAAUACUUAUUAAUGUAGAUUUAUGUCAUUGUUGUUAAUACUUGUGCAGAAUUUUAGGGAUUAUCGAAUAACAUUAAAAUACAUUAUUGCAGAAGGGAGGUUUUUCAACAGUUUCUUGAAGAAGAUGGAAGGUAGCAGUCCUGUCAAAUCUGAAAGUAGAUUAAAGCACCGCCCUUUGACCCCUUUUAGGUUUUUAAGGGGUCUGAUAUGUUUAGUGGUAUUUCUUUCCACAGCUUUUAUGUGUUUAGUUUAUUUUACGCCAGUGGCAGUGGUAGGAUUGCGGCUUUUCAGCAUACGUUGUAGUAGGAAGACAGUGUCAUUCAUCUUUGGACUUUGGCUAGCUCUGUGGCCUUCUCUAUUCGAAAAGAUAAACAAAACAAAAGUUGUCUUUUCUGGGGAUAGUAUUCCAAUGAAGGAACGGGUUUUACUUAUUGCUAAUCACAGAACUGAGGUUGAUUGGAUGUACUUGUGGGAUCUUGCACUUCGAAAAGGAAGAUUGGGAUGCAUAAAAUACAUCCUUAAGAGCAGCUUGAUGAAACUACCUAUCUUUGGUUGGGGAUUUCACAUUCUGGAGUUCAUUGCGGUGGAGAGGAAGUGGGAGAUAGAUGAGCAAAUAUUGCACCAAAAGCUUUCAACCUUGAAGGAUCCUCACGAUCCUUUAUGGCUAGCUAUUUUUCCUGAAGGAACCGAUUAUACGGAAAAGAAGAGUAAAGAUGGUAAAAAAUUUGCUGCUGAAGCUGGGCUCCCUGUGCUGACAAAUGUUUUACUUCCGAAAACAAAGGGGUUUCAUGCUUGCUUAGAAGUUCUACGAGGCUCAUUGGAUGCAGUAUACGAUGUGACAAUUGCAUACAAGAAUCACUGCCCUUCUUUUCUAGACAAUGUUUUUGGUGUUGACCCUUCAGAAGUGCACCUGCACAUUAGGCGUAUUCCUGCAGAGGAGAUUCCGGCGUCCGAAACUAAAGCUGCUUCUUGGCUAAUCAAUACAUUUCAGAUCAAGGACCAAUUGCUUUCAGAUUUCAAGAUUCAAGGUCAUUUCCCUAACCAACUAAAUGAAAAGGAAAUUUCUACAUUUAAGAGCCUUCUCUCUUUUACCGUGAUAGUUUUUUUUACUUCCCUGUUUACGUAUUUAACCUUUUUUUCUCUCUUUUGGUUCAAACUGUAUGUGGGCCUAUCUUGUGCAUAUCUUGCUCUUGCAACGCGCUUCAAUUAUCAAUUGAUGCCUUUAUCUGACUAUGUUCAUGCACUCUAUAACCGCAAGAAACAAAAGAGUGAAUAGUGUUCUCAAUUUUAAUUGUCGAUGUACGAUUUUGGUCUUGAACUUGAUAUUCAAGUGCGGAUUAUUUGCUGUUAGUUUUAUAUUUUAUCUUUCAUAUUUUUGCUCAGACAGGACCAGGAAAAUCAAAGGAACAAUUUUACAGCUGGUAUUUGUUGGAAAAUCAGU